AUGGGUCUUCUUGCUUCCAACAAUCAUCAUCAACUUCACCUCAGCCACUUAGAGCAUCGCGUUCCAAUGCCGCGCUCACUAUCAGCCGUCUCGUCUCUCGAGAUCCGCGAUCUUAACAGAGAUCAGAUCCGCUUUUAUCAUCCGGGCUACCUGAAACCGUUGAACCUUCUUUUUUGCCUACCGCGCGUGGACUACAACACGACAGAGGGGGCUUUUGGUGUGCACUAUUUAACGGCUCUUACGGCAUGCCAGAUCGUUGCGAACAAUGCUUUUGAGAAGGGAUACUUGGCGAGGGAUGAGAGAGGAAAGGAUAGAGUAUCCGACGAUGAGACGAUACUGCUGCAACGAGACUACUGGUUCUUCGUUGAGGGCGAUGAUCGAUAUGCAAUUGUUCCAAGCUUCAGAGACUGGCAGUUUCCCCACGACAGACUCCCCGAAUGGUGGAGCGUCCCAACUUCAAGAACAUCGCUCUAUGCGAAAAGAUGUGCCGUCACAAACACCAGCUAUGCUUUCACAUGGGCACACCUUAUCCCCAGAGAAGAACAGAGUUGGUUCAGCAAGAAUGGCAUGGGUCUUUAUGGUGGUGGAUCGCAUACUAUCGAUGACCCGCAUAAUAUUCUACCGCUCAAGGCGGACCUCUACGUAUGCUUCGACCAAAGCGUGUUUGCUCUGAUCCCAAAGCAAAAUGGCCAAGCCAAUGGCGUGGAGGCCAAUAGCCAAUAUGUUCUUCAUGUACUCGACGGAAGGGAAGCAGAGUUCACUGCCCUAUAUCAGAACAGACCCGUUGAGACUCUUGUCGAGGGAAGCCGAGAAUAUCUCUUCGCAAGAUUUGCUUGGUCCAUCUUCUCAUUCUUAAAACCCUUCCUCACAUCUGGCGUCGGACGAAGAGUCGUCAGAUUCCGUCUCAGAAGUUCUGAUGAUGACGCUGAGGAGGAACACCUGGUCUCAGAAAUGCAGAAUGUCUUCUUGGAUUCCAGAAAGCUUGAGUCGCUGUAUGGAGGUGGAAACCGACGGAAGAUGGUAUCGUUGGAGGAUUCUUAUGUGGAUGUUGAGGAUGAGUGGGAUGAUGAGCAUCCGGGACGGACUGAGAUGGAAGGGUAG